AUGUACGACUUCACCAGGAGACGUCGCUUCAAGCGCCAGGACUGGCUCGGAGUGGCAAUGUCUGACGUGGUCCCCCAGGCGGUGCGCCCUGCGACCUCUUCCGAUCGCAAGCGUCCUCGUCAUGAUUUGUCCGAUCUAGAGCACAGAGCACCGGUGGCGAAAAAAGCCAAAUCUGGCUCCUUCGCUAGCAAGACCCUCAACUAUCUGCCCUUGCCGGCGGUUGGGGAGGAAGCGCUAACCGUAGGGCCGCAAUCCGGCGCGAGCUCUGCCUUGGGUGGCGACCCGGGUUUACGAUCAAGUAACAACGCUGGGGAAGGGAGAAGUAGCGCUACAGCGCCUCGGCAGGUCCACUUAGAACCAAAUAAGGAGAUACUCAGUAGUGCCAGCAUGGUCGCAGCCCAGCCGAUACCUCCAGCGGUAAAGGCUAGAACCGAACAUAGUAUGCACGGAGGAGAGCACGCUGACUCCGUGGCGUCGGCAUCAGACGAAGACAACUGGAUGGUCCCACGAAAGCGGAAGAUUCGGGGCAACGAAGCUCAGUGUACGUGGUACGCGCACUCAGGCGACUCUCGCAUCACCGCGCCUCAGCGCGUGAAUCCGCGUGAAACGGUGGAUAUCGGGACACUGUAUCUGUACUGGAUUGGCACCCGCACCGAGCAGCUCGACAAGCGCACUAUCCAAAUUUGGAUGUGGGACGUUUCAAAGGAUGACUCAAGGGCAUGGCGCGCCAUUUCUGCGUACCCGAACCAUCCUCUCUACCCUGGGCUUACGCUGUCGUUCACUCCUGCAGCUGAACCAGCGUGGAUUAAGCCGGUGACAGCGCGCCGCCCACGAGCACUUCCGCGCAUACUGGUGAAUUAA